AUAAAAUCAGAUUCAAUGAGCAGUUGUGGAUAGUACGAAUCCGAGAUCCGCCCGUGGUUAGUGAAGUCGCUAAAUAUCCUCCUCCUGUGGAUUUAAUAAAAAAAUUGAAGAAAAAUGAAGUUUGCUUUUGCCUUGUGCCUGGUCCUGGCCAGCAGCUGUUUGGCUUUGGUUCCAAAGCAUCCCGCUGACCUGGCCUCCAUGUUGGCUCGCCAGCAGUUUGCCGUCCGCAGUCUGAUGGCCGCCCCCUCCAUCGGAGACAACGCCCAGGCCGACGAUUGCUUCAACAACUACAUGGUUGAACAGACCAACGUGAUCAUGGGCUACAACAAGCAGUACACCGGAUGCAUAUCCGCCGCUGAUCAGUCCCGGAGUGACCUCACCGAGCAGAGCGCUGCGGAGCGGAGUGACCUUUUGGAUCGCACCAACAAAAUGUGCAGCGAUUUGUCGGUCUGCGAAGCUCAAUCCGAUGGCUUGGAUUUCUUUGAUUGUUACCGCGACGCUUCCACCAACAGCUACAAGACCAUGUUCACUCUGAACAGUGAUUCCAACCUGGACUACAACCGUAUUAAUGCUGCCUACGCCCAAGUGGACAGCGUCCUGAAUGCCUGUGUGGAUGAAGCUCGAAUGGACUAUGCUCACGAAAUGGACAGUUGCGAUGCCAACUUGACUAUUUGCUUGAACGGCGGUGCGGCCCCUACUGAAGCUCCUACCGCUGCUCCCACUGCAGCUCCUACUGCUGAAGUUCCCACCGCUGCUCCCACAGCUGCUCCUACUGCUGGACCAACUGAAGUUCCCACCGCUGCUCCUACUGCUGGACCAACCGAAGUUCCCACCGCUGCUCCCACAGGUGCUCCUACUGAUGGACCAACCGAAGUUCCCACCGCUGCUCCCACUGGUGCUCCUACUGCAGGACCAACCGAAGUUCCCACCGCUGCUCCCACUGCAGCUCCUACUGCUGGACCAACCGAAGUUCCCACCGCUGCUUCCACAGCUGCUCCCACUGCUGGACCAACCGAAGUUCCCACCGCUGCUCCUACUGCUGGACCAUCCGAAGCUCCAACCGCCGCUCCUACCGCUGUUCCCACUGCAGAUCCUACCGCUGCGCCCACUGCAGCUCCCACCGCCGUCCCGACCAACGCUCCUGCCGUUGAUCCUACCACUGAGCGUCCCCCCGAGGAGGACCUCGGACGCUCCCUUCCUGUGGCUCAGAAGGGCAUUUGGGACAUGUUGAAGCGCUUUGUUUAAGAACGUGUCACGAAGCUUUUUUUUAUUUAUUGCAAUCAAUUAUAAAUUUUAGGGGCACUUCGAAAGCUCAAUAAAAGCCAAUGCCUUUAAA